AUGUGAAUGUCCUUAAUGCCACUAGACAGUACACUUAAAUGCCACUGUACGCGUACGAAUGGUUAAGAUGGUAAAUUUUAUGUUAUAUGUAUUUGGCCACACGUUUCUAAAACCUACAUUUUAAAAAGAGACACAGGAAAGAAAAAUGGCACCAGCCAACCACGUGGCGGGUCCCACCUUCCAGCCCAGGGAGGAGCGCCCAGGCCAGCCCUUCCCGCCAGCACAGAGCAGCCGGGCCAGCGGCCCAGGAAUGACCCUCGUCCUCUGUCCGUUUCUGUUCCAGCCGCCCUCAGCACCAGCUUUCUGGUGAAAGGCCAGCUCUCCACGGCUCCCCUCCCCCCUGGAAUGGCCAGGUCCUUAUGAAGCGGUGACCACUCCAGCCAGCAGGGGUGGAAAAUGGUACGAGUCAGGCCCCGGCCGGAGGAGGAGCCCGCAGCCGCCCCCGCGAGAUGGAAGAGCCCACGCCGGAGCCGGUCUACGUGGACGUGGACAAAGGGCUGACCUUGGCCUGCUUCGUCUUCCUCUGCCUCUUCCUCGUGGUGAUGGUCAUCCGCUGCGCCAAGGUCAUCAUGGACCCCUACAGCGCCAUCCCCACUUCCACCUGGGAGGAGCAGCACCUGGACGACUGAGGUCCCGCACGGUGGCAGGAUGAGCCCCCGUGUCCCCUGCCACCAGCCUGCCAGCCUGUGGAGGCCAGGAGUGGACGUGGCCCCCGGGGGGAGGGUCCAGCCCUCACUCAGCACACAGGGCGUGGGGGGCUCUGCAGCAGCCUGGGGGCAAGGGCAGGGGCCAGGCCAGGAGGCCGGGGGUCCCGAUGGGGCAGGCACCGCAGGGUGACAGAUGGUGGCCUUCCCGGGCACCUUCUGGAACUGGAUCCGGCACAGGCACCCCUUCCCCACAUCGCACACCAGACACCUCCUGGGGCGCGGGGGGCUCUCUGUCCUUGAAACCCAAAGUGGCGCACGGAGACUCCCAGGAAGGGUCCCGCGGAGCCCCCACCCUGCCCAGGGACAGCAGCGAGGGUGGCGAGGGCUGAGCGGAGGCCCAGGCGCCUGCCUGGAAACGCACAAGAGGCACGUGGCCCGGGCAGCUCCCAGCAGUGUUUGUUUUAAACGAAAACAUAGAGGGAUAUUAUCUUUCCUGUUACAGACACAAUGUGCAGUUUAGGAAUCUGGAGGAACACAGAGAAAUAGAAGCAAAGGGGGAAGGUGACAGCCACGACCCUCCCAGAAGCCGCCACUCUGAUACAUUUCCUCCCAGCCUUUUGCAGGCGUGUUUGAGUCAAACUCACGCUCCGUGCUUGGUGUUGUGUCGCUUCGCACGGCAGCAGGAACACGGCCCGUUUCAUCCAACAUGCAGCUCAGCCGCCGCUCCCGGUGGCCACGGGGAACUCACUCGGGGUGGGUCACAGUCUCCUCAUGUCCUUUAAGUGGACUGUUUCUUUUAACCAACUUUUCCUCACACAAAAUUAUUUCACCCAGUAACCCUCUGAGGGUGCACAGUCCACGAGAUGAAUAUUGGACAGGGAGACCUGGAUUCUAGUCCUGCUGUGUGACCUUGAGCAAGUGACUUCACCUCUCUGUGCCUCAGUUCCCUCAUUGUAAAUUAGAGAAGAAAAG